AUGGAAGAGCUGAGGGAGAGGGAUGUAGUUGCUAGGAAGAAGCCUGGGAGUGAACCUGGACGGUUGUUGGGUGUGGGGGCUGGUAUCUCCGGCUACGAGAGCUGCCGUGGGAAGCGCUGUGCAGGAGCCAGGUGGCGGCAUCCUCCCUUCCCGCUGGGUGACUAUUUAUUCAAGCUACUUCUGAUUGGAGACUCUGGUGUUGGGAAGUCUUGCCUUCUACUUAGGUUUGCAGAUGACACAUACACAGAAAGUUACAUCAGCACAAUUGGUGUGGAUUUUAAAAUCAGGACUAUAGAGUUAGAUGGGAAAACAAUCAAACUUCAAAUAUGGGACACAGCAGGCCAAGAGAGAUUUCGAACGAUCACCUCCAGUUACUACAGAGGAGCCCAUGGCAUCAUAGUUGUGUAUGAUGUUACAGACCAGGAGUCCUUCAAUAAUGUAAAACAGUGGCUGCAAGAAAUAGACCGCUAUGCCAGUGAAAAUGUUAACAAGUUGUUGGUAGGGAACAAAUGUGACCUGACCACAAAGAAAGUAGUAGACUAUACAACAGCAAAGGAAUUUGCAGAUUCCCUCGGAAUUCCGUUUUUGGAAACCAGUGCAAAGAAUGCAACAAAUGUAGAACAGUCUUUCAUGACCAUGGCCGCAGAGAUUAAAAAACGAAUGGGCCCUGGAGCCACAGCUGGUGGUGCAGAAAAGUCCAAUGUUAAAAUUCAGAGCACUCCAGUCAAGCAGUCUAGUGGAGGUUGCUGCUAAAAUUUGCCUCCCCCUUUUGUCUCACAACAAUGAAUUUUGCAAUCUGAACCCAAGUGAAAAAAAUUGCCUGAAUUGUACUGUAUGUAGCUGCACUACAACAGAUUCUUACCGUCUCCACAAAGGUCAGAGAUUGUAAAUGGUCAAUACUGACUUUUUUUUAUUCCCUUGACUCAAGACAGCUGACUUCAUUUUCAGAACUGUUUUAAACCUGUGUGCGCUGGUUUAUAAAUGUGUGUAACCCUUGUUGCUUUCCCUGAUACCAGACUGUUUCCCGUGGUUGGUUAGAAUAUAUUUUUUGUUUUGAUGUUUAUAUUGGCAUGUGUUGAUGUUGGGUUUAGUCUUCUGAAGAUGAAGUUCAGCCAUUUUGUAUCAAACAGCACAACAGUGUCUGUCACUUUCCAUGCAUAAAGUUUAGUAAGAUGUUAUAUGUAAGAUCUGAUUUGCUAGUUCUUUCUUGUAGUUAUAAAUGGAAAGAUUACACUAUCUGAUUAAUAGUUUCUUCAUACUCUGCAUAUAAUUUGUGGCUGCAGAAUAUUGUAAUUUGUUGCACAAUAUGUAACUAACAACCGAAAAAAUGUUUAAUAAAUAUUGUACUUAUUGGAAGUAAUAUCAAACUGUAUGGUGAUAAAUAUUGUCUUAAUUCUUAUGGCUAAGGGGGAAGUUAGGCUUGCAUUGUGCCCAAAAUGUAUCAUGUGCAGUAAUGGCAUCUAGACCCUCUAGUAGACCAAACACCCUUCCCAAAACAUGGAACUAGGAAGUAUGGCCUAGAAGACUAAGUUGUCAUAGUCCUUCAGGCGCAUAUACUAUACUUGAAAGACAAUUUGAGACAAAUGUUCAUGGAAGCAUAAUGCAUUCUGAAUGUACAGUAUCUUUUUCCCUAUCAGUCUAUGAACUUUAAUUUAUUUCUGAAGGACUUCCUUUAGAAAUUCUUGUCUACUUUGCUCUGUAUUAGAGGUGGAAAACAUUUUUCCUAACAUGUGAAGGACUUAAAACUAACAACUCAAGAUGAUGUAACUCUGCCAGUAUGUCAUGUCUUUCUAUAUACUGUUACUUCCAUAUUUUAAUCAAAUACUGUUUUGACUUAUUUAAUAAACUUAGUGCAACAACUUAGUUAUUAUUCAAUUCUGCACAAGGCAUCAGUAGGAUGAAACUGUGAAGUGAUACUAAAACAGCUGAAAGGUCAGUAAGAAUCCACCAAAAAAAUUGUACCUUAAAAUUAAAGGAACUGAUUAAAAAGACUUCAGAAUGCAGUAGCAGCAAAAUAGCGGAGUCAAUUAAAACCACAUGCCCAUGUGAUCUGAUCUUUGUACAGAAGAACUAAUCAAAUCAUUAGUGCCUGAGGCUGGAAGCUAGCCUGUAGCGCUUCCUAUAAAGGUAAAAUUGUUCAGCUUUAUCUAGAACUGCAAUUUUCAGUUUACUUUGUAAAUAUCUCGUUUAAAAUGACCAUCCAGACAUUCAUUCCCUCCUGGGUAAAAAAUACACGUGUGAUUGCAAAAUAUAACUUGGGUAUGUUGUGAGAUGCAAACUAUAAAACAAAUUGGUGCAAAUCUGCUUUUUGAAUAUGGGAAACAAAUACUGGGGCAACAGCUCUUUACAAAAACCUUAUUACAAACUUUAUUUGUGUCCAUUUAACAGGCAAUCAUAAUACAUGGUACUAAAACAAGUGUUAACAGUACUGUCGUAUCACUGAAAUGAGUUGAACUUUCCAUCUGAGAAACUGUCAGUGGUAUACUUUGUAUUAUAGAUACAUGCUUGUUGGCUCAAUUUAGACUAAUGUAAGGUGACCUGCUCUUUUAUAAGCAGGAGUGGUGGUAUUUGGCUAUUGGUAACUGCUAAUGAAAUCAGGAAAUGGGCAGUAUAUUCUGAAAGAGGGUGCUCACUGGGGGAGGGGGGACUUUGCCACACAAGUGAAUUCAUUUAUUUCUAAAUGUCAAGCUGCCUGCUAAAUGCAAUCCAAAACCCAACUGUUCAUAUAUAGUAAUAAAAGUCUUGCAAAACCAA